ACUUGAAAUUAUUACUUUUUGCUCUCUUUUGCGACCGUAUUCAAUUGUUACGAAACGCGUAGUAUUACUUUUUGCGCUCUGGCGAGCCCAUACUCAAUUGGUACCGUAUGAAACGCGUAGUACGAAGAAAUGAUUUCUGAUUGAGGCUACACGGUCUCCAGAUUUCUCGUCCCAUACAACCCCCGAUAAGAGCAAGAAGGUCUCCAACACACGAUUGUUACAACGAUCAUGACGAAGUUUUCGUUUCUCGGUGGAGCUUUGUCGUUUAAAGGCGACAAGAAAAAGUCGAAAAAGAAAUCUAAAAAAUCCAAGGUCAAGCACAAACUGAAAGACGAGGAGGCCACGGCUAAGAUUUCGAGGGAAACAGAAAUUCCUCACCAUAACCGCGAUGACGUUCUAUUAUCUGAUGACGAAGAUGAAUUGACCGAUGCAGAAAAGAAGGCCCUGAAAUUCAAAAAGGAGCGUCAGCAAGAAGAGAACAAAAAAAUUGCGGCACAGAGCCAUCGCGAACGAGUUGAAGCUUUGAACGAAAAACUCGGAAACAUGACGGAACUGAAUGAUAUUCCUCGUGUCUCGGCGGCCGGAAAUGGAUAGAUAGAUUGACUGAAUUUAUUCUGGGAGGAUGGUUGGCUUGAUACAUUUCAUGAACAUAUCCAACGACAAUAAAUCCUCAUGCGCUUCGAAUUUCAUCUGUACGCGCAAUCGCUAGGAGUUAUGUAAUGAAUGGAUCGUCACAAGUAUUACACAAUGUUCAUUGGAACAGGAAUUGUAUGAUGCUUACCGAUACUGUGCUUCACCGGCGCGUUCUGUUCCAAAAAAGAAUCGUGUCAAUUCCAAAACUGAAUAUGGAAUCUUGAUCUGGUUACAAAAGUAACUUUCACAGAGCAAAUCGCUAGGUAGUUGAUUCGAUGCGAAUGCAUCAAACUUGCAUUCUCUAAUGAUCAAUGGGUUUUUGUAAAUUAAACAACUGCAUUGUACUAUUAUAACACAAGCACCGUGAGACCGGCGCAUUCUUAAUCUUUUCUGUAUUCACGCAUUACCAAAUGAAACGAGUCCAUCAUAAUCAGCAUAGUAGCAUAAGGCACGGCGGGACGAAAACUAGGCUUCGACAUAAGACCUCCCAUCGAAAGUGCGGUCGCGAGUCCCACUUCCUGAAAGUCGCCUGGGUCGAGUGCUACCCGUAUUCCGUACUUAAUACAAUGAAAUCCACCAAAGAAUGCACCGAAUAUCGUGGCAGACCGUGUAGUUCCUUCCAUCAAGAAUUUUCCCUUCGCUGCGUUUGAUGAAUUUUUCAGUACGUCACUCUGGCCCGCCAUUCGCAUCCCAUCCAUGAAGCCAAAGACACAUCCGGUUAUGGAUCCAAUGCAUCCCCCAAAAGCUGCAUUCUUGAAAAGCUCUCCCCAUUUGAAAGGAAUACUUGCCUGGGAGAUUGAUGAUGUCGAUGCUGGUGUCGAUGUUGUUGAAGACAAAUCUCCCGCAGAAGAAGACGCAGGGGCAUCCUGUGGCGAUGAUUUGAGACGACGCUGUUCCAAUAACUGGGCUUUUUCGUG